UUUUAUCUUCUGCUACGUUAAUUAAUAUUUAAUUAAAGUCGCGUGAUCGAUCGGGCGCCGCCGCGUAAAUAAAAUUUUUUAAAAAAAUCACAUCGUCGUCGUCGUCGUCGUCAUUCAUCGGUUGUCGUUAUUAUUAUUAUUUAUUUAUUUUCGGUAAAAAAAAAAAUUUUUUUUUUCGUUCAACGUCGUCGUGGAAAUAGAAAAAGAAAAAAAUGAUGAAGAAAGAAUUUUUCAAAUCCGCCCUUUUCGCAUCUGUUUUCCUCAUUUUAUUAACCGCAUCCAUAGUCGACACUCGGCCACCGUACAUAGAAUGUAGUGACACGUUGGAAUGCGGUUUGGGAUACUGUUGCGUUCUAGGUAAUGGAAGGUACAGUCUUCCGCGUUGCGUACAACUUGGUAAAAUCAACGAUUAUUGUCGUCCAGGUAACCUUCCGUUAAAUGUCACCGUUAGUUAUCCAGAUGGUGAAAAUGUUGAGCUCUCUCAUAUUUAUUCUACGAUGUGUCCGUGUCAGGAAGGUUUAUAUUGUUCGGAUAAUUCUGGAAUGUGUAUCGAUCAAUUGGAAGAUCUUCUUUUAAAUACGAUUUAACCCCUGAAUUUCCUUCCUUUUUAAUAAUAUUUCCAUCCACCUCGGUGUCUUUCAUCUUCUUUUUUUUUUUCUUAUUGUCGUGUAAGCCUGAAAUGGUAAAAA